UUUCUCUUUGGCUCGUUGCUACUGCGGCGCUGUCUUAUGCUGCCAUCUGUGAUAUCUACUUCAACGACAUGGAGGGUGUGUGGUGCGACGGAUGAAAAGUUUCAGAACGACUUCCUUUCGAUUUACGAACAUUUCUCGUUCUUCUCUUCACAUAUUACGUGAAAUUACGACAGAAAUCUGCCUGAGGUAGAGGUUUAAUCUUUUGAUUCGACUACGUGUUAUAUUACGACCGACAUGGAAAGGACCUUGUUCUGAACCUUGGGGGAGAGAAGAGACUGUUGAUAAAGAACACUUCAUAACAAUUGAACUGACUUGAAUAUAAUCGUGUGAAGUGUUCGAGAGAGUCAAGCUGGGUUUGAAGAACACGAAAUACGAUACUUAAAUUAAUCUAUAAUGCUAAGGAAAUUAUAGGUCAGAAUCGACGAGAAGCAUUUAUAAUUUUUUUCCAAAAUAAAAGAACGGGAAUAUAUAGUGUAUGAAACAGCAUAUUGUUACUUAUCAAAUAAGUGAAUAGAUAAAUAAGUUUGCGUUUGAACGCGUGCGAACUUGUUUAAAAAUCGUAUACAUUUUGGAGGAAAAAAAAGUGAUGCAUUUGUAAAGUGUCCAUAUUCGUGGAGUUGAGAAUCUCUAUCCUAGUAAUUAAUAGGCUAUAUGAUGAAGCUUGAGUGAUUUUUAAUAGGCCUCUUAUACGUCUUGAGGAAUAAAUAUUUGCGUGUGAAAGUUUUAUUGUCGAAUCUGACGUUACUGUCAUAGUUUGAAGAAAAAAAAAUUAACCUGACAACAAUACAAGUACGAACUGAAGGAAACAAUUUAACCUGACAAUAAUACAAGUACGAACUGAAGGAAACAAUCUCAAAACAAUAACAUUCAUUCUUGCAUCUGAAUAAGACAGUUAAUAAAAGUGUUGAAAAGGCUGGUUUCAAUAAUCGCAGAAGUAAAUGAAGGUGUCAUUGUUGCCACCAGCGACCGCGAGACCAAUUAUGGGCGAUAAUCAACAUCUUACAACCGGACCUGCUUCGGAUCUGAGACGAAGUUAUACGAAACUGGAUUUCACAGUGAACAACGUCACCUGUGGUAGGGAGAGAAACAACUAUAUGAGACAGGCGGUUCAAUAUCACCAUCACCAGGCACGAGACGCUGGCGGCAGGCGUCGCAACGCUAUGCCAUCUAACAGAGGUAAACCCACAAUGGAGAUCUACCGCCCACCUAAUGUUCGUACUGAUGCAUUGCAAAAUGGUUUAUCUACUAACUCAAAUCCUCGACUCAACGUCCAUGCCAAGGAAUUUACAAUGAAACAAGGAGACUUAAGUACUUCCAGAUCAGCAGUCAAUGUUCCUGGAGCACUAAAUAAUCGGGAUUCACACCCGAUUCGUGAAGCUCAUCACGUCUUACAGCAGUCAAAAUCAAGUGGCAACAUUCUGCAUCCACUGCAACACUCCAAAUCCAGUGGCAACGUAUUACACACCCUUCAGCAGUCGUGUUCAAGCGGGAACAUAUUACAGGGUCCCAGGGUCCAUUUUCAGUUGGACGAACGAGAUUCCCAUCAACAAACUUUAGAAAUGGCCAUAACUCCAGUAAAAGUCCAUCCUCCUACGGGUGUCAGAGUUCCGCUUAAGUCGUAUAGCACGACAGAAAUGAAGACAGCCAUUGGUUUGACUAAUGUAGCACAUGGCGUGGAAGUCCUUGGGCACAACGAAGGUCAUGUUGUGUCAGGACUGAGGUCAGUUCAUCUGCCAAUAUCUACGCCACUGUCGAGUCUAAAACGUUCUAGGAGUCUCGGAGCAGCGGAUAUGGCGUCGAAGCAGCAGGGUCCCGCUGUAGAGGCGCCCGAACUGGGUAACUUUUCUCUUGAAAUGCAGGAAACCAUCAGUAAGGCAGUGGAAGAUCCAAACAAAGUAUCGGCACGGUCUCUAAUGGAUUUGGUUUGUCAAAUCAUGGAACGUGCUGUUUCUAGCGUUUGCUUUGCCCUUCCUGCCGCAAAGCUAUGUAUAACAAUAAUUGAGAAGGAGACAAAGGAGACGUUUUUAGAGUCAUUACUCAAUUUAAGUCAGCAAUGGUACCAAGACAGGGAUCGUGUUUUAAAAAAUGGUCCAAGUUCUGGUGCCUCUCCGAGUCCGCGUUUCUGUGCCUUUAUGCAGUUUCUGAAUGAGAUGUAUUGCGAGUUGAAACGACGCCAAUUACAGCUGAAGACGCAGUAUGAUGGAGUACCACCUGGAUUAGUUUUACUUACGCUUGUGUUCAAGUGUUGCCUGGACUGUCUAAAGCCACCAAAUUCACAAGGAGAGACUGACAGCCUCUUCUUUGUGCUGACAUCUAUCGGACGGGAUUUGGAAAAUGAACUGCCAGGUCAGAUUCCUUUAUUACUGGCAAGUGUACGUGAUGCGUUCCUUAAAACUGCUGCCAUGCCGAUGAUAAAGAAGACGCUUCUUCAGCUAAUUGAACUGCAUGCCUCCAGAUGGCAGCUGCCUGCUCCAGCAGUUAUGUACUACACUACUCACUAGUUAAAGAAUUCAACAUGUCGCAUAAUUUUUUUCUGAUGAUGGAUAUGUUGACCACGGUCGGUGCAGUACAUCACCAUGUCGGCUGAAAUAUUUAAUCUGAGUAAACAGUAGCAUCGUCCACAUUUCUAGAGAGAAAUGAUUCUUUUUGGGUAUAUGUGCGUAAAAAUUGAAAAGUCGCUGAAAAAAAUUAUAUAUAUUUAACAUUUAUAAUGAACUGAGAAAAAAAUAAAAGUUUGUGAAGUACAUAUUUCAUUUCUAUCAUUCUAUGGAUUUUAAAUAUUUUGUUGAUAUUGUCAAAUUAUUUUAUAAUAUUAUACUGAAAUUUUUGUGUUUUAUAAACUGUGUUAGGGCAGUGUUUAUGAGAGUAUGAUAUUUGGGACCCUGCUGGUCUGCGAGAGGCUUCAGUAGGUUUUUUUUUAGAAAACCCACUAAGUAAGUUUUUAAUUUACUGCGCGUCAACAUGGCGACCGCUCCUGUACUAGAUAAUAGAUAGCUUUAAUCUUGUUCAAAGCAGAACAGAAAGAAAAUCCCAAAGCAUGUUACCUGAUGUGUUAUUUUAAUUGUGUUACAAGUGUACCAGUAGAAUUAGGUUGCAUAAUUUAUCAUUUUUUAACAUUCUACAGAAAUUUUCUGGGUAAGAGGUUUUCCUUGGUCGUGCAGUUGUGUGUGUGGUUACGCCAGCAUUUUUGAUAGACGGAAGUGUCUCGUGGUCAAAAACUUCAUCUGUGUCAGUUAAACGGUGUAUUUUUUAGUGUAUUUGAUCAAAAUUUGUGACUCAUAUAAAAGGCACCAUGUUCUACAGGGGUAUGGUAUUGGGACCCACAAAUUGUACUACUGGACGAUAUAAAUGCCCCCUUCACGUUAAUUAAAGGACAAAAUUCUUGUAAAUAAUAAUUAAAAAUGCAAUAUUUGCUUCUAAGAAAACAUACAUCACUAGUAUAAAUGUAACUAUUUUAAUUCUCUGUAGGAGAAUUUUUGCCCUUUUUACUUCUGUUAAAAUAAUUAAUUUACGUAACAGGAUUUAUAAGGCCAUCUUGUUUUAAAACCUGCUUUUUAAAAGUAUCCUAACAUGGGUAUUAAUUCUUCAUGUUCAUUUUGCUAAUUGGCAAAUAUAGUUUUUAUUUUUACGAUGCUCUGUUUUCUUAUUCAGGCAGGUGUUGUUAUGCUCCCCCCCCCCCUUUUCACAAAAAUAUUUUUUUUCUUUGAGGUUACAUCCGUAACAUCGUGUCAGUUGUAUUUUGUAUUCCUGAACCUAUAUUUUGUAAAGAUAUGAAAUGUACAUUAAAUUAAUAUAAUUAUCAGAUAGACUCUCAUAUAUUAUUUGUACAUGUGCUGAAAGUAAAUCAAAUUUAUUUAUGCUAAAACAUUAACAGUACAUAAAAAUUUACGUGUAUGUUAUAUUUAUUAAUUAUCAAAGCAGGGAUUUGACACACAAUCCCUGGUUUCUCAGACUUUUAAGUAUGGAGUUCUGUCAACAUAAUGACUGUAAUUAUGCCGUGUUUGUGUGGGUAUUCUAAUUUUGUGAUUUUUCCGCCUCCUGUGCGCUUAAAUGAUUAUCCUAGAUUCAGAUGUGAGAGAGUAGAUUGAAGUGGUUUAAAGUUAUGAUAAGAACUCUGGGUGAAGAAUUUUUAGUAUUUUGUAUGUGGAAAGACAAUUCAAAAUUUUUUUUUAUAUUCUGAUGGAAUUGCUUAUUUGUUUUCUAUUUAUGCUGAAUGCCUUUGUAACUAAGUUUCUACAUUUGAAUGGGCUACAGUGUACAAAUGUUCUAACCAUUGGAUUCUUAGAAUUUAAUUCAGGAAAUUUGAUGGAUUGAGAUUAUUAAGACUGGUUUGUGCCAUAAUGGUUGUAUGUGGGGUCAUGCCAAGUAUUAGAAAUAAUAUUUCUUUUCCUUAAUCUGAAGUUGUAUGCGUGAUUUUUAAUUUCUUAAUUUAGUAUGUUGCAAAAUAGCUAUCCCAACGUCAUUGAAACUUAUUCACUCGUCUGUAAAUUUGUUCAUUCCUGAAAAUUCUGUGGUGUUUUUAGAGUGCCUUUUCAUUACGAAAAUAAUUCUCUUAUUUACGAAAAAGUGUUAUGAAAAAUGUUGUUGCAUGUGCAAAAUUUGUAUAACUGAUUUUAUACAAGAUACAUCUAGUCUCUAGCAUAACAUAUUGAAUAUAAAUAUUUAAAAGUUAAUAAUUACGUUAUGUAAAGUUAUUGGGUCUGUGUAACUUAAAACACACUUUAAUUUUUUAUACCUCAAAGCUGGAAUCUUUCUACGAAUCACAACCAUUUAUAAGUACCGAAAUUAAAAUGUGUAUGUAUUUAUGUGAAAAGUAAGAAUUAACAUUGUAUACAGAUAUGGGAUAAAUUAAAGCAUUUCAGUGCAGAAUAAUUAUAAUUGGAUAACAUUAAGUGAAAUAAAAAUGAUUUUUAACAUU